UGACCAUGAUCAGAUUCCCUAAACACCAGGCUUUUCUUUUCCUAAAUCCUCAUUUUCCUAACCAUCCUUCCAUGACAUUAUGAGGUUUUCAACAGAGGUGAAGGAAUAGUGGCAGGGGGGUCAGGGGGUAUUUUUUUGACAAUUUAAAUCCAGCGGGCAGUUUUGUAACCACAGCACGCCAGAAGUCGUUCACUUCCAAAGACGAGGCGAAGCUUUUAUGUUGAAGGCCGUAACCGGAAGUGUUGCUCUUUUUCAACUUGCAAUUGAGGAAGUAGACGCGACUGUGAUGUUUUAGUUUGCAAUGAGUACCUUCUUGCCCGUUCGCGUCUAAAAUCCCAGAACACACCGAGUCAAACGGGUCUGGGGGGCUGUCCGGCUUUCAACGCAGACACGGAGUUCGUAGGGAAAAUACACGCGGUGUGUCUGCUUGCGUGUCUGCUAGCUUACUCGGGGAGUAGCCUAGAGAUGUGCACGCAGACGAGGGCUGCGGCUCUGAUGGCCAACAUACCGCGGGUGGACAUCGACCCGUCCGGUGUCUUCAAGUACGUCCUGAUCCGAGUGCACAGCAAAGAGGAGGGAGACGACUCGGAGAUCGACAUAGUCCGCGGAUACGGCUGGGCGGAGUACCACGCUGAUAUUUAUGACAAGGUGUCAGAGGAACUGGAAAAAGGCGGCCACCUGGACUGCGAGUGUAUCGGAGGCGGGAGGAUCAACCACGACCCCCAGGCCAAGAAGAUCCAUGUCUACGGAUACUCAAUAGGAUUUGGAAGAGCAAACCACGCUGUAGCUACUGAAAAACUGAAGGCUCAGUAUCCAGACUAUGAGGUGACCUGGGACAAUGAAGGAUACUGAACUGACCUAAGAUCCGCCGCUGUUGGGCGCCCAUUCUCCUGGACGGACAUGACACUGAUCUGUAACCCCUCAUUAGGAACCACAGUCCGAUAAAGAGCUUUUUGAUACUACAUUGGUAAUCCAAGACUAAGACUCACUUAUAAGUCUGAUUUAAAGAAACACGCAUAUUUUUUAUAGUUCAAAUUUAUGUGUUACAAUUUGAGUGAAAAAACAAACUCUUGUUCAUCACAUUUUUUACUCCACUUGGAUCUGAAGCAAGUACACAAUUGUGUUCUCCUAGUGUGAAUAAAUAACCGGUCCUGACAUCAAGUCACUCCCUGACUGGUUGGAGAGUCACAUAACCUCAUAAAUAUGACCUAAUCGCUAAGAUAUGUUGGAUACUUCGAUGCUUUGUAGUGAUGCAUGUUUCAUAAAUGUUUCCUGAAAACUGCUUUUAAA